CCGUCGCUCCCUCACUCGAAAUUCGCUCGCGCCCAGUUUAAGGGCAGGACUGAACCACUUCAUAUUAAUAAAAGGGCUCACUGGAUGUUUUCUUUUUCCCAAAAACGUGAAAAGAGAUAGAAACCGUUAGUUUUUGAGUACAUUGUAGAGAAACUAUUCUAUUAAGAAUAAUAGGCUCAUAAUUCAAUAUAGAAAAAAGCUUAGAACUUAAUGUUCUAAUCAUUUUUAGGGCCAGUCACAGGCCCUUAAAACCCCCCACAUGAUCAUUUUGUCUGAUGAUCAUCAAAUAAUGAUUUUAUCCACAGCUGGUUAACAGGUAGGAUUAAUGAGUUGAAAUCAUAUCUCAUAAUCAUCUGAUUACAGAAACAGCAAUAUAUGCAAAUUAGAACAACUAUAUAGUGAAUUUGGCUGCAGUAUAGUCCCAGAGACCCCUCCACUUUCUAUUCUUGCUAUUCUUUACAAACAAGGAAAGCUAGUUUUGCUGUAUAAUUGUGAAAAAAAUAGUCAGUAAAAAAGGACAACAUUAACCAGUAAGUUAUCAAUUAAGUAAAGCAUUAAGUAAAUAAUUUAAAUGAUUGACAGUAAAUACAGGUACUUAUAUACAUUUAAUAAGUAAGUAUUUUCAUGCUUCAGAGUUAUAAGCUACUUGGAGAGAGACAGACUUACGAUCCAGAAAGGAUUGAUUCCCACCACUGCGUCCUGGGCUCUGAAGAACUCACUUAUUAAAAUAAUUAAUUCUAUAAUAUCCCCCAAGACUGUAAGAAUAAGGCCAGAUUUUGACUUAUAAAUGGCUCUUUUUGCAUGUCUUCUUUUUAACUGCUGAGCUAAUAACUUCUCCGGUUUGUAACCCAGCUUGAAAUGACUCAGAAUAUUGGACUCUACAGGAAUCCGGCACUCAAAAGCAGAUGAAUUAUGAGCCAUUCAGCUUCCAUAUCUGUGCACUAUGUAUGUUCCUCAUGUCACAGGACAUGAAUCAUAAGACGCAGUUUCACUCUGUGAGCGGUGUGUUCGAGGUUCACCAUCAGAGCAAACACCUACAGUGGAAAGAAUACUGGGAACACUGGUAAUGCUGGGAUCGAGGGAUAGUGGGGUACUGGAAAACUGGAAUACUGCCACUCAGCUUGCUGCUGAAUUUACACUGGAACAGGAGCAACGGUAAAGUGAAAAUAACUUUAGGGGAAGUUGCUCAGCUGAGUUCAGCUGUCAUUGUUCUGCCUGCUGCGUUUUCAGAUUCACCAGCGACAAAAUGUCUGGCAGAUCAGAUGAGGAUCUCUCCUGUCCUGUCUGCCAGGAGAUCUUUAAAGAUCCUGUUGUCCUGUCAUGUAGCCACAGCUUCUGUAAAGACUGUCUCCAGAGAUGGUGGAGAGAGAAACUAAUAAAGGAGUGUCCAGUUUGUAAGAGAAAAUCAUCUAAGAGUGAACCACCCUGUAACUUGGCUUUAAAGAAUCUGUGUGAGUCCUUCUCACUGGAGAGAGAUCAGAGAGCUUCACCAGGGUCUGAGCCUCUCUGCAGUCUGCACUCUGAGAAACUGAAGCUCUUCUGUCUGGACCAUCAGCAGCCAGUGUGUCUCAUCUGCAGAGAUUCAAAAACACACAACAACCACAGAUUCAGACCCAUUCAUGACUUUGCACAGGAUCACAGAGAGGAGAUUCAGAAAUCCCUGAAGACUUUACAAGAGAAACUGAAGCUCUUUGAACAAGUUAAAGGAAACUGUGAUCAAACAGCAGAACACAUUAAGGUCCAGGUCCGACACACAGAGAGGCAGAUUAAGGAGCAGUUUAAGAAGCUUCACCAGUUUCUACAAGAGGAAGAGGAGGCCAGGAUCACUGCUCUGAGGGAGGAAGAGGAGUUGAAGAGUCAGAUGAUGAAGGAGAAGAUUGAGGCUCUGAGCAGAGAGAUAGCAGCUCUUUCACACACAAUCAGGGCCACAGAGGAGGAGCUGAGAGCUGAAGAAGUCUCAUUCCUGCUCAACUACAAGGCUGCAGUGAAAAGAGUCCAGCAGGCACCCCUGCUGGAGGAUCCACAGCUGGUCUCAGGAGCUCUGAUAGAUGUGGCCAAACACCUGGGCAACCUGACCUUCAACAUCUGGAACAAGAUGAAGGCGAUGGUCUCCUACACUCCUGUGAUUCUGGACCCAAACUCUGCUGAAACACAUCUCAUCCUGUCUGAAGAUCUGAAUAGUGCAAGACUUGGAAAGAGACAGAAGCUUCCUGACAAUCCAGAGAGGAUUGAUUCCCACCACUGUGUCCUGGGCUCUGAGGGCUUUAACUCGGGGACUCACAGCUGGGACUUUGAGGUUAGAAAUGAUCAAUUCUGGGCCCUUGGUGUGGUACGAGAGUCCAUCCGGAGAAAGGGAGAAAUUCUGACUGGAUACUGGGAAAUCUGUCUCCUUAAUGGAAAAUACACAGCAGUCUCACCACCACUUCCACAUAAAGUUCUCUCUGUGAAGAAGAAGCUCCAGAGGGUCAGAGUUCAUCUGGACUUUGACAGAGGAAAACUGUCGUUCUAUGAUCUUGAUACUAACACACACAUACACACCUUCAAGCACACUUUCACUGAGAAACUGCUCCUGUACAUCAGCAACCACAAUGAACUCCCACUGAAGAUAUUACCACUGACAGUCUCUGUAACAGUGAAAUAGCAUACAGUCCCUUGUUUACAUGUUUUAAACACAGUGUAAAUAUCUGUAUAAGAAUGAAUAGAGGAGAAUGUCAGUUGGUCAGAGACAUAAGAACCAUGUUCUUGUGACUUUCUGAGACUUAGCUCUGUCUAAAAAUGUACUGAUAGUGUCAAAUGAAAAUGUUUUUAUGGAUUUUGUUUUUCUUUUUCUUAUUUCUAGGGAGAUGGUGAUGACGAUACUUAUUGUGGAGAUGGUAUGAUUAUGAUAAUGCUCUUCUUACAAUGACAAUAAUAUGUAUCAUAUACACACCUAUGUAUAUAGAUUUAUUGAUCGGGCUCCACUUUAUUGUCUUUUUGGGGGAAGGAAUAUGACUCACUGUGAGGAAUCAUUUUGUUGAAUUUAUUUUAGGCCAGUUGAUCAUUUUAUUAUUUAACUUUAAUAGUUUUAAUUUUUACACUCAGUCAUUGCGUAAGCAGAGGCAUUACUUUAGACUCAGGCUUAAUUUUGAACUGACUAGAUAUUACUGUGCAUGAGAAAACAGAGGAAUUAUUUUAAAUGUAAGCUGUUCAUUAUUGAUUGCUAUCUUUGUAAUUUGAUGCAUUUUUGAGAUUCUUUUCUGCUACUUUUAAAUAUGAUUCUUAAACUAAUAAAGAAUAAAAUCUAAAUGGUGUCAGUUUAAACUGUUUGUAAUGCAGGAUGUUGUCCUGAAGCAAAAACUAAGACGAUCCUGAUGAUCACUAUUUUCACCUCCUGUCUCAGUAAACUGCUGUUUUUAGUGGAAUGACACUCAAACAGAGACAAGACGUGAAUGUGGUCAGUAGAUUAUAUUAUUCUCUUUUAAAAAAGACUUCAUCACAAGAAUCAACUUCAUUCAUUCAGACACAGUCAAAGUCUUUACAUGUUCAGUAUCCUAAACACUGUCUAUCACUAACUGCAUAACAACCAUAGAACCACUGCAUUGUGUUCAGAGAUCAGUGUUCAGACUGACAGCUGCAGCAAGUUAAACAUAGAAGAUACAUCAGUACUAACAUCUGUGCAUCUGCGCUGAGAAAAACAUGGAUGCCUGUAAUGAUGAGCUCCACAGGCCUUUAACUGUUAAGGUUGAACAGUUAAUUUAACCCUGUCACUCAUCUAGUGAUCUAACGUCGUCUCUGAUGAACAUUAAAAAUGAUUUGUUUCUAUAACAAGGAUGACACGAAUCCAAGAGGUGAGUGAGAAGAGUGAAAUCUGUUUCUAACUAAUCUGUCAGUCGGUCCAACACUUCGGUGAGGAGUGAGAUAUCUCAGCAACUACUGGAAGGACUGCCAUGAAAUUUGGUUCAGACAUUCAUGGUACCCAGAGGAUAAAUCCUAAUGACUCGUCCUCUAGUGUCACCACCAAAGUUUUAACUUGUCCAACAUUUAGCUCAUGACGUGAUCCCUCUAAAAGUAAAGAGGUUUGAAUUCUAAACAGCCUCAGCUGGAGAUGAAUGCUGAAAACAGCAUGCUAACAUGCUAGGUGUUUGCAUGUUCCUUCACUUUUUUAAUGAUGACCUUCAGCCACAAAAGGGUAGCACAAGGUUCAGGAGUUCUACCCUCCAAGAACACGAUGCCUUGUUAGCUCACCGAACGACACACCUGGCUGUUGACAAAUAAUCUAAACAGAACAUCCAUCAGCAGCUGUAGCGGUUAGAAUUAGUAACAUGUACACAAAACAUGAUAAUAUU